AGAGAACCCGUCUGUCUAGUCCCUCCACUUUCCUCACUCAUUGACUAAGGAAAGAAAGAUGAAGAACCCUAGUACUCCUCCGCCGUCAUCGCACCUCCUCAGUCAUCGGCUGUAGUUUGUCUCUGUGAGGUCGCAUCUUUUAUUUGAUUCAGCGGCAGAUGCUUGCUUCUCCUCCGUCAUCCUUCGCCCACGAUCUUUGAUUUCACAGCACUUGUCUCCGCUGCUACGGAUUGUUGCGUCGCCUUGCUUCCCUCAUCGCAGAUCCGAGAGCAUCCUCAAGCCUUACAUCGGUGUCCCAGCACGCAAAACCGCCUCCAUUCAUCUCUUGUGCUGCAGAUUGUAGAUCUCCUACUCUUGUUACUAUAACGGUGAGCAACACAAUUCCAAUCCAGCCUAGACUUUCGACGGGGAUAACAGUAGAAAGAGUCUUGACGGAUAUGGUUCUGGAUGUUUAAGUUUACUUGUUUAAGAGUGGAGACUCUCUCUACUGCUUGCUAUUGAUUUUAAUAACAAUUGCCAUCUAUUUCACGAGCUCUCUCCUGAUAUACUUUGCUAAGAUAAAGGACAAAAACAUUAAUUAAUUACUUAUUGUGAUUGUUUAUCCUGUUUUACAAUCCCUGCAAAACCUUUAAUUGAAUAGCUUUGGAUGUUUCCCCUUUCUCCUUUGUUUAUUGUAUUUAGUUUUGUUGUUUUUCUUAUUUUGGACUAAAGUAGUGUAAACACACAGACAUCAAUGAAUAAAGAAGAAACUAAAGUAUGCUGUGGUCUUAACAUGAGUUAACAUCAUUAUCUUUGUGGUCUAGAACAUUAAAGAAAUGGCAGGAGAAGAGUUGCCAGCAAAUCUAGCUAAUAACAAUGUUCCUGCUGCUGCGGUUCAAGUUCAACCAGAGGGCCAACUUCAACCAGUGAUCGAAAAUCAAGGUGAAGAAGAACAACAACCUUAUGAACGAAAAAAGCGGAAGAAGACUUCAAAAGCAUGGGAGGAUUUCAAAGAAGUUGUUGUGGCAGGCGUGAGCAAGCUAGAGUGUUGUCAUUGCAAAACCAGAUUACAUAAAAACCCAUCAGGUUGUACGAGUCAUUUCUUGAGGCAUAUACAAAGAUGUACAAGGAAGCCGAAAUCUGAUGGGAAGGGAUAACAACAUCUAAGCUUGGAAACUAAUGAUAGUGUUCUUGCUGUCCAGAACUUCAAAUAUGAUCAUGCUAAGGUACGAGAACUUAUGGCUCAUUACAUCAUAGUCCAUGAACAACCCUUUGCUGCUGCUGAGUAUGAAGUCUUGAACAAGUUGAUUAGAGCAUGCACUCCACACUAUAAAUUUUUUUUUCGUUCCACUGCUACAAGUGAUGUCUUUGAGACGUACAAGAUCUUUAAAGGAAAGAUAAAAUCUCUUCUUGAAGGGGUGAAUAGGAUGAGCUUAACAACUGAUUUGUGGAAAUCUAAUCAGACUGUGCAGUAUAUGGUUCUUACUUGUCAUUUUGUGGACAAUGAUUGGGUGCUGCAAAAACGAGUUCUUAAUUUCUGCCAUGUUAAACCACCUCACACUGGACUUGUUGUGGCUGAUGCAUUGCACAAAUGUUUGGUUGAUUGGGAUAUAUCUAGAAAAGUGUGGACAAUCACAGUAGACAAUGCUUCUUACAAUGAGUGUUGUGAAGAAUUUGAAAGGCAUUCUUAGUUAUCAAGGUGCACUUCCUCUUGGUGGUGAAAUAUUCCAUAUCCGAUGUUGUGCUCACAUACUGAAUAUAUUGGUGCAAGAUGGUUUGAAAGAGAUUCAAGACAUAGUUACUGAUGUUAGGGAAAGUGUCAAACACAUUGCUGCUUCAGAAAUUCGAAUUACAACAUUUCGGGAUAUUGCUAAGAAACUUCAGUCGCCUGCCAAAAAGCUUGUGUUAGACUGUUCUACUCGAUGGAAUUCGACUUAUCACAUGAUGUCUACAGCCUUAGAGUUGAAAGAUGUGUUUCCUCUGUAUAAAGAAAGAGACGCUUUGUAUCAUUCUCUCCCAUCAGAGGAAGAUUGGGAAAAUGUUAAACUUGUAUGUGACUUUCUUGAAUUGUUCAAUGAUGUCACAACAAUGAUAUCUGGAAGUGCUUAUCCAACUGCCAAUUUGUUUCUUCCUGAGCUUUGUGAUAUUAAACUGUUGUUGAAAAAGACUUUGGACUCAAGUCAUGCAAGUAUGAGGUCUAUGGCUUCUCGAAUGCUCAAGAAAUUUGAUAAAUAUUGGGGUGAGGCUAAUUUGGUAGUUUCCCUUGCUGCUGUCUUGGAUCCGAGGAACAAAUUCAAGAUGCUCGAGGCAUACUUUCCAGAUCUGUACACUCCGGCAGAUUCUGAGUUGAAUGUUCGAAUGGUCCGAGAUAAAUUGUAUAAGCUUUUCCAUGAGUUUGUUGAGGAUUUCAGAGCUAGAAAUGUUGCAUCAGCUGCAAGUGAUGUUCAAACAGCUCCCUCUGCUAGUACAUCAACUGGAAAUUCUAAGAAAAGAAGUGGAAGGGCAAGGUUUGAUUCCAUGGUUCAAAAUGUUAACUUUGCUUCUACGAUGAAAUCUGAACUUGAUAUUUAUCUUGAGGAAGGUCUUUAUGUGCACACCGAGGAGUCUAUAUUUGACAUCAUUGGGUGGUGGAAAGAGCAAAGGAUAAGAUUCAAGGUUUUAUCAAGGAUGGCAUGCGAUAUUAUGGAAAUUCCUGUUACAUCGGUAGCCUUUGAAGCUACCUUUAGUGCUGGAGGAAGGGUGAUUGAUCCUCAACGAGCUUGGGACAAGAGACAGUUGAGGCUCUACUUUGCUCUCAUGAUUGGUUGAGAGCCUAUCAUGGUCUAAGAGGAAAUUCUGAGGUGAUCAAUUUUAACUAUAAUGUUUAUGUUUAAGUUUUAUGUGUUGUUAUGCUGUGAAGUCUAAUUAGAAACUCUAUUCUUGUCUUUGUAGGCUAUGACGAAGAAAGAAGAGAUUAUCGGAAUUGACUUGGCCUAGACAAUCUUGGUUAGUCUUGUUAGCAUUUUGUUUAGCUUUGUUAUCUACUGAUUUUUACUUUCCCCUUCCAUUUAUCUUUCUUUCUGUCUCUCAUGACUCUUUCUAGUUGCCUCUGGUGGUAUGAACUUUGUAGCACUUGGUCUUAAAAGUAGACCAAAAAUGUAUAUAUGGAACCCAAAAUGAACCUAAAACUGGAAGCCAAACUUUAUGCCAUCUGAAUCAUUUCUAGCUUAUGUUUGUUUUCUCAUUAGAGAGACAUUGCUUGCUUAUAAGUUAUAUCACAACAUGUAGUUUUGAAUUAUUUGGUUCUGUUAUGAGCACAAAUAGAAUAUAACCAGUAACAAAAAGUGAUAUGGUAAUGGAUUUCUCAUGUUAAUGUUACUUUUACGCAGGGGAAUGGGAGUUGACAACUGAUGAGUCAAGUUGAAGAUGAUUAAUGCAUCUUUUCUUUUGAAUUUUGAGACUUGUCACUGAGUUUCAAACUCCUUAUUUAAUGUUGUUUAGAUUCUCAGAACUUGUUCACAAAUAGGUUUAUGUUCGGAUGGUAAUUGUAAUGAUGUACAAAACCAUCAAACAUCUUUUGCCCAAUGCGUUGGUCUAAGUAAGAUAUACAUUGUAAGCCCUACAGGUUAGAAUGUAAUUUCGAGCCGAGCUUGAACUCGAUUUUGGCUCGUUAAGCCUUUUUGGCGAGCCGAGCUCGAGUCGAGCUCGAGCUCUUAUUUUCAUAAGCGAGCCGAGCUUGAACAUUCCUACUAAAGCUCGUGACGAACUCGAGCCGAACUCGAUCUUGAGUUUUUUUUUCAAGAGCCGAGCCCGAAUCAUAGCAAAACUCGAUUCGACUCGGAUCAUUAACAGCCUUAGCAGCAACCAGAGCUUUUCCUCCUCAAACUUCGUUGAUUUUUUUUGUGGUGAACAACUGAAACGAAAUUCGCUGGUUUUAUAGGGGAGUAGCCAGCAAUACGCCAGCGGACCCGCCAUAGUCCAGGGCGCCAUCGCUAGGUACAAUUUUCCACAACACGCCUCAGUCUCAGGCGGUACUGCCUCAGUCUUUGGCGUCGCCGCUGUAAAAUUAAUUAAAUGAUCCAAAAAAACAUAAACGGCGGCGGCGCCCGAGUCUCAGGUAGUCUCGCUGGUUUUGCUCUCCAAAAUACUAUAUCUGUGUCAAUACUUUUUAGGGUGUGCCUACGGUGACAUGCAUGUCACAGUGACUUGCACUUUUCGGUCGACCUCAGCUAGGAUUAGGUCGACGUCAUUUAGAAUUCGGUCGACCUCAUAUAGGAUCCGGUCGACCUAAUCUAUUGUUUCAGUGUAAAAACAGUUCACGGUGCUUACUUUGGAUAUUCAUAUCAUACAAUUGGCUAGAUGGAAAUUGAAGACUAAUGACUUGUUUUGAAGCUGGAGUGUCCCUCUACAUAUUGAAGUGAUUGAUAGCUCGAUAGGAAGUCCAGAAGACCAUUUUUGAACCUCAUCAAAAGGCUAUGCCAAAACUGGGAAAAUGCCUAGAAAUGGCUUAGUCUGGAAACGUGUUUGUGAAGUCUAUUUUUGAGCUCAAUUUGAGAAGCAUGAAUGCGAGUCGAGUCCAGGAGUCUCUACCACGUUAAAUUAGGUAUGUUUUUAUACAAAUUCAAGGAAUUGGAUGAAAGAUUGGAUAUCUUUAAGGCUUCAAACAAAAGGGUCGAAGUUGC